GUUUCUAUAAUAAUGGAGAGAGUCCUCACCGAAGUAGUAACUUAAAUUUUCACCUUGAAAAACAAGAUAAAGAUGGAGCGGCGCAUCUUCGACGCCUUGCGCGAGAGCGGUUGUGCGCGGCCCGCACGCAAGGAGGUUCGCGAGGCUCUGGCCUUCUGCAAUGCCGUAAAGGGGUCCUUCACCGAUGUGAAGGUGAUUCUCGAUGUCGCGGGAGGCCACGGCGCACUGGCUGCCCUUUUCUUGGCUUUGCACAGGCCUGUCGAGCGCGCGAUUGUGAUAGACCCUUUCGAGGUGCGAGCAGGAAAGGACGGCGUACGCAAAGUGUUUGGGCAAUUCGUGGACACUGAGUCGCUUCCCAGAUAUCGCCACGAGCGUCUUCAGACUGCACUGCCGGACGAAAUUCGCAAACUCCUCGGAGAACACAACCAAGGUCCAAAAAGUCAAAGAUCCACCGAAGCGGAAGAAGCAGGCGCAAGGAUAUUCAAAGAAGCUUCGACGUCCUCAACGGAUCCGGAGUUAACAGGAAAAGGAGAAGGAGAUGAACAUCGAGAACUUGCUUUCUCGACUAAAUUAACAGGAGGAGGACCAGGAGACGAACAAGUUGCUUCUACAACGACGUCCUCUACUUCUACGACGUCCUCUACUACCAAAGUUUACAAGCCGCAAGAAAUUUUGGUGGUUGCGUGCCACGCAUGCCAGCACCUGACAGAGGAAACAAUUGAGAUAGCGCAGAGCUUCGGUGUACAUGUUGCUGUGAUGCCUUGCUGUCAUUCCGAUAGGACACAGGGCGCGCGGUGGAAGGCCACAGCCGGUGCCUUGUGGCAGAAACUCAUGGAAAAAGACGAGAAUCUUAGAAGUAUUACAGCUAUAAAGGCAUCUUCAGAGGAAGAAGCAACGACAAAGACAUCAUCAGGAGAAGUUUCCGCUCGUUGUCCCGAAGAAGUAGGAGUUGUUGAAACUAUAUCGAAGACGAGUCAGAAGAGGCCUUCAACAUCGAAGAGCCAGAAGAACAGCAAAGGUGGGAGUUUCUUUCCUGCGGUGAGCGAUCUUUUAACACUAGGUAGAAUGGAGAUGCGUGGGUCAGAAGCUGGCGUGCUGUACGAAACACGAAUGAAGUUCGUAGCUGAAGAUAUCACACCACAAAACAGAAUUCUUAUCGGUAUAAGCAGGCCCAUUCCGACGCCGAGAGAAACGGGUCGAGGUGGCGGAGAUAAACUGCAUCAUCUGCGAAGGAGGGCAGAUAUUAGACUUGGAAAGCUAGGAGAGCUUGCAGGGAUACGGGAAGGCACUUCAUCUGAUAUCAAUGACACUUAUGAUGGUGAAGUAGACGAAGGUGAUGUGAAAUCCUGUUAUGCAGCACCAGAUGAGGGGAAUUCUAGUCAUUCCAUAAAAUCUACAAAGAGAAAUGAAGCAGAAGCAAGGCUCGAAAAUGCUUAUCGAGCGGCACAUCGCGCCCCGAAAACAAAAGCUGGAGGUGCUUAGCUUCUGCCCGUCACUGGUUUUAACUAACGCGAUUUUAACUAACUGGCGAGCAACAUUUGGAAGUAUUUGUGAUUAUACCUACACUAACAAUUCCACUCUUCCAGACGUUCUUUGAGCGCUUUUAUUCUUCUCUGUCGCAAAGCAACUUAAGUAC